AUGACCACAAUCCCCCAAAUCCCCAACCCGGCUCACACGCUCGCGGAUUCCAUGCUGUCCCGGCACUUCGGCAGAGAGACUGUGAAUUACUUCUCCAGUUCUCCAAUCAACCGGUUGUCAUUCCUGCGCUCCGAUCAUCCGUUCCUUUCAACGGCCUUGAAGCACCCAUCGGCACGGUUCGUACUAUUGAACAAACUUGCGCCUUUGACCCCGUCGCCGGCGCAAUUACACUAUGCCAAACAUGAUGAUAUCAGCAAGCUUGUACCGCAGGAUAUCUUUGACCUACCUGAAGAAGAGAUGAUCAAGAACUACGAUUCUCGCAAGACUCAUCCCACUCUCAUCUUCCUUGGAUUGGACGAGACUACCAAGGAAGAUGGCAUGUCGUGGAAGAUCUACUCAGGAACACCGUACUUUGCAGUUGAUGUAACUCCCAAGGGCUCCGAAGAGCAGCAAACCGCAGCAAAGGAUGUGAUCAGUGCCAUGGAGGCGAAAGGACUGUCCUUCUUCCAGACUCGAGUUGUCAUGACUUUCUCUGCUGAUGAAGCUGCUAUCUAUGCCCAGGCGCGUGCUCUGAUGGACUGGAACACUCGCAAUACCUUCUGCGGCACAUGUGGCCACCGAACCUUGGCCGUAAAUGCAGGCACGAAGCGCGCUUGCCCGCCCACGGAUAUCGCAAGAGCCGCCGAGGGACAGACAGAAGAGCGACCAGAGUGUAAUACCCGGACUACGCUGUCAAAUCUUUCCUUCCCCCGUACUGAUCCGACUAUCAUCGUGGCUGUGGUGUCUGCAGAUGGCAAGCGUGUGCUGCUGGGCCGUUCCAAGCGGUUCCCACCUGGCUGGUACUCUACUUUGGCCGGAUUUAUUGAGCCCGCCGAGUCGAUUGAGGAUGCCGUACGGAGGGAAGUAUGGGAAGAGUCCGGUGUUACUUUGUCCCGCGUUGUUAUCCAUUCCUCGCAGCCUUGGCCUUAUCCGGCUAAUUUGAUGAUCGGUGCCAUUGCCCAGGUCAGUGAUCCGGCCCAUGAGAAGAUCUCUUUGCUGCAUGACCCGGAAUUGGAGGAUGCGCGAUGGUUUGAGAUUGAUGAGGUGAAAGAGGCACUGCGCAUUGGCACAGGUGACUUGGGCUCCCAGCCUGGUCCGGAAUACAAGGGUGGUUUGCGAUUGCCUCCUCCGACAGCUAUUGCCAAUCAGCUGAUUAAGGCUGCCGUGAGCGCAGAAUACUUUGCCGCCGAGAAGUACUCGAGGAUGUAA